AAAUCCCUAAUUUCUUCGUCUUUUUCCUUCGUUUUAAGUCCCCCAAUUCCUCUCUCCCCUCACUACCAAAAUCUCAUUGAUUCUUCUUUGUGGGGGAGAAUUUCUUGGAUCUCCUUCUUCAAUUCCUUCAUUUCUUCGUUUCUAAUUCGGAUCACAGAGAGAAUGGCGGCGAUCAAUCGAUAUACUGACAACACAACCCCGGCUAACCCGGUUGUUUCUCCAGCGAAGCAAUCCUUACCGCCGGCCAAAACCGCUGACUCUCAGUCCGUUCUCAAGAGGCUGCAGUCUGAAUUAAUGGCCUUAAUGAUGAGUGGAGACUCUGGGAUCUCAGCCUUUCCUGAGGAAGAUAACAUUUUCUGCUGGAAAGGGACAAUAACUGGAAGCAAAGAAACAGUGUUUGAAGGAACAGAGUACAGGCUAUCCUUUUCAUUCCCUAACGAUUACCCUUUUAAGCCUCCAAAGGUGAAGUUUGAGACCGGCUGCUUUCACCCAAAUGUGGACGUUUAUGGCAAUAUUUGCUUGGAUAUACUUCAGGAUAAAUGGUCAUCAGCAUAUGAUGUGAGAACCAUACUUCUAUCCAUCCAAAGUCUGCUUGGAGAACCAAACAUAAGUUCACCUCUAAACACCCAGGCAGCCCAACUGUGGAGUAAUCAAGAAGAAUAUCGGAAAAUGGUGGAGAAAUUGUACAAGCCUCCAACAGCAGCUUAGCUUUGUUUUUAGACUAGGAUUUGUGUCUCUCAACUCUUUUUGCGCUAGAGAGGAGAUUCCCAGAUGAUUUUUUUUCUCUUUCCUUUCAGUGUACGAUCUUCACUUCUUUUACUCGCUGGAUUUGUUGCAGAUAUAUGUUGUCUACUGUAAUAUGUGGAAAUUUCAAGUCGUUAGCUAAUAUUAAUUUGUUCUCAUUUCAAACUUCA